AGCGCCGCACUCGCAAACCCUUCUCGCCGCCAUUCCUUCACUUCCCAAAACCUCAUCAAUCCAUCUUCUUCUCCUGCGGCGGCGGCGGCGAAUUCUCGACUCCAUAUUCUCCUAUGGCCACCAAAUCCCACAAGAAGAAGAGGCCUUCCGGCCCUAGCUCUUCUAUCAACGCCAAGGCCCAGUCCUCUGACAAAAAACCUAAGAUUCCGAAACCCACGGAGGCGGCGGCGGCGGUGGAGGAGGAGGAGGAGCCGAAGAAGAAGGCGACCAACGAGAUCGACGAGAUCUUCCAGGCCACCAAGUCAUCCGGCAAGAAGCGGAAGGCGCAGGAGGGAUCCGUGGGGGGCAAGAAGCCCAAGGAGAGGCCGGAGGGGGCCAAGAAGGGUAAGAAGGGGCGCAAGGAGAGGGGCGCGGACGACGACGGCGACGACGACGAAGGGGAGGAGAAGCUGCCGCGGCGGCGCACCGCGGACGGUCUCGCGAUAUACUCCGCCGUCGAGCUCGGGUUCGGCAAGGCCGACGCUGGCGGCACCCCGCUCUGCCCCUUCGACUGCGAUUGCUGCUUCUGACCUUCUUUUUUUUGGAUGUCUCUCGCGCGUGAGAGCAGCCAACAGACCGGGCAUACCGCUGAAUCGAGAUGACAUCAAUAUGAUCCUAGAGGGAAAAGGUAUGCAUGUUUUAAGAUGUUGCACAUAAGCCUAGCUCAUGUUGCAGCUGUUCUGACAGCAAAGCUCACUGCUUGUUGCUGGCUGGAACAUCAAGAAGUUGCAUUAGCAUUAUUCAGUGAAUUAGGCUGAACGCUUCCUGAUAUAUGCGCAUAUUGAGCCCUGUAUGGAUUUUAAUUUUAAACCUUCUAGUUCUACUUUAUUAGCGUUCACUGAUAAGCCAUGAAUAAGUGUACCAUAAUGAUUUCUGUUUCUGAUAUGGUAGUUUAUCUGAAUAAGUAAAGGCAGAAUUUGCUCUGACACUCUAGUACUCCCUCCAUAUUUUAAUAGAUGA